CAGUGCUGCCAGACCCCCCGCCAUGGGUCAAGCCGCGCAUGUGUAAUGGAUGGCAAAUACAGUUAUGUGUAUUAUGGGCGCUUAAUUUUGGCGGGCCCAGUACUCUCAGUACAGAGGAUAUCUCAGUAGUAUUUUUGCCAAAUAAAAUAUUUUUCUUAAUUACAGAAAAAUGUGUACUUUUUAUCAUUAUGUGAACAUUCUACUCUCUACUUAUCCACGCACACCUGAGUGUGUAGUCACAAGAGUCUACAGAUUUGUGAUACGUUACUGUAUUUCAACUCGUAAGCGCAUGCGUCGGCCUACCGUGCCGGGCAACCCGGCAAAAUCUGGCAGCUCUGACCAGACGUACUCUGAUGUGUACACGCUGUUCGCCAUUCGACGAUGUCUCGUGGCGCAGCGUAAUUCUUGUCGGAGUUUCGUUACCGGAGCUCUUUCUUCGCGGCACAUAAAACACCGAGCGAGCGUCUUGCAGAUUAGGUUCAUCUCUGCCAAGCGACAAUGGAGUCUAUGGAUGCGCGACUCGUGGCGCAAGCAUUGAACUACCAUGGUCAGCAGUUGCAGAAAGUAUGGGAAGGAGAGCGCAACGAAAAUGAGCUGGUCAUGCUCAAUCUCAAGGAUCCUAGCUUUGAAAUCUACCAACAACGACAAAAGACUCUCAGCUUUGGAGAUAGAGGCAAACGUCUGAAACUGCAACAGUUUCUUACUAAAAAGGCUGAUGAACUGUAUGAUAAAGCUAACUUAGAGAAAUCGACAGACCGUACUAAGCUGGAGCUGGGAGAUGAAGAGUUUUAUGCUACAGUGCCAGCACUUGAUACUUUUGUCACUAUGGAGAAGUCCCAACGUAUCCGCAACUUUUUAGAGAGUUUAGUGGUUGGGGAUGUAGUUUUCGCACAAGUAAUGGGUAAAAGCGCCGCAGGUCUUCUUCUGAAGGUGCUUUGUAACUGCAGUGAUUGUCCUAGAGUUGUUACUGAAUUAGGAGUUAAGGCACUAAUAUUAAAUACGGCCACUGUGCCGGCGGUGGACAAGAAAGGUGUUACAAGAGGCUACAUGGCAAAUGAUCUCGUCUGCGUCGUAGUCAGUGAAAUUAACGUCGAGGCUGAACGAGUUGUUGCAGUUAUGAACGUACCUGCCCGGGAAGGGCAAUCGCCACACCCAUCUAUGGGACUUAUCCAUUCCGAUGAUCUUCCAGAAGCCUACAAGAAAGCGAUGGACAACAAAGGCCAGAAUUAUGAAACGCUGUUGGAGAAUAGUACUGGCUUCAACAAUCCAAACAACAUAAAAUAUCUGUGUGACUUAAUCGGUCUCGGUCAAGACAAUCAUUCCAAUAUGGUUGGAUUGAGAGAGAGAUUUCCGCCAAAUGAAUACGCUUCUGAAUUGCGACAAGCACAAGCGAGCAAGUGGGCAUUCCGAAGUGUUGCCGAGGGUAUAGAUCAUUUCAAGGCUGGUCGUCAUUCCGAAGCUUUUCAAUGCCUCAACAAGGCGCUCACUGUUGAUCCUCGCAAUGUUGAGGGUUUGGUUGCACGAGGAGCAUUAUAUGCAAAUAGCGGAAGUUUCAAGAAGGCGAUUGACGACUUUGAAACAGCCUUGAAAUUAAAUCAGACGCAUGCAAAUGCUCGUAAAUAUAUGGCGGAAACGUUGGUUGCGCUCGGACGCAGUUACGAAGACGAAAAAAAAUAUGAAGAGGCUCAAAAAGCAUAUGAAAAUUGUUUGGCGAUUGCGCCGUAUCAUGAAGAAGCGCGAAGUUCCAUUGACUACAUAAAAUCUAAGACUCUCACAGCGUCACUAAAUCCCCUGGAUACAUUUAAAAGUUUCGAAGCUGAGAAUGACGUUGCAGAAAACAAGAAAGACAAAAAGAAGCGCAAGAAAGAGAGAAAAUCUAGAUCAAAGAAGAGACAAAGAUGGAGCUCCAGUUCGAGCUCUUCAUCCACCGGAUCUUCAACCUCUUCGAGUUCUGAUUCGAGCAGUUCGUCGUCGUCGGGAAGCUCACGAUCGGCAUCCCGGUCACCAAACCGUAAACGCAAACAUAAGAAAGAUCAUCGCAGUUCACUUUCGCCACUUAGCAAGCGGAUGGCCCAAUAUAACAAUCCUCCCGCUGCGACUGCUACCACUCACGAUACUAUCGCACCGGCCUCUUAUACUGCAAAUACACGCGAGAAAAUGGACGACUACGAAAUUAAAGUUCGCAAGUUUCUUGAACAAACUAAGGACGAUUCUGAUUAUGAAGAUAAGGUAAGAAAAUUCCUGGAAGAAACAGCAAGAUGGAAGAGAGAAAGGGAAAAGGAAAAGAAACAUUCCGAGAGCGAAAAAAUGAAGAAAAAGAAGAAGAAAGAGAAGAAGGGAAAAGAUAAGGAAAAGGAGGACAAGAAGAGUCGAAAAAAGAAGAAGAAGGAAGAACGGAAAAAGCGUAAAAAUAAGGACAAACUCGAACGAGAUUUAGAAGCGUUAAAAAAAUCAUCAUUACCGGACUUGGAACAGUUAGAGUCUAAACUCAAUGCUUAUUAUGCGAAAGUUGAAAAAGACUGUGCGGCACUUAAAAGGUAUGUAGCACAGUAUAAUGACAUACCUUCCCCUCUUAGCACCGCGGAGAAGUUCACUGAAAGUUCACGCAGAGAGGAGGAGCUGCGCAGAGAGAGGGAAAGAGAGAGAGAUGAAGCUUCGAAAGCGUAUCACGAGCGAGAAUCCAGGUUACCGAUGACUGCGCAACAAAGAAAAGAAAUCCAGAGGAAGCCACUAACAGACAUAUUUGAACAAGAAUCUCAAUUGAUUCAUCCCGAACCGAAACUCCCUACAUUAGACACUGCUGCGUUAAAUGCAAAGUGGAAGGCUGCGCAAGCUGCUAGAAAAAAUGAUGUUCCUCCGCAAAAAUGGCAAGAUGUCCAGUCGGACAAGAAGUUACAGUCUAAUGUCUUCGUGGAUAGCGACGAGGACGAUGACAAUGAAUUGGAGGAAAGAUUGCAACGUGCGGCUCUUGAAAAAUCUAUGAAUAUUCGGAAGCAAAUGCAACGCGAACUUGCUGAAAAAAGAGCGCCACCGCCGCAACCUACACCGACACCACCGCCGUUGCCGAAAGAACCUCCAAUACCAAAGCAAGCACCCGUCAAAUAUCCGACACCGCAACCACAAAAUAAAUUUCAAUCAUACAAAGAUUCCACUAUGUCCAUGUCACAAACUACACCGACUAAAUUCGGCUCUAGCAACAAUUUGGGCGGCAAAUUCCAACCGAUUGGCCAGAACAGCGGAACUGGGCAUCCGCCGGAACCACCGCGUCCUCCGCCAACUACAAAGACUCAAGCCAAAGGUCCGAGAACUGAUUCCGAUAGUGAAGCUGAACGAGGUCAUCGACAAUCUCCGAAGAAACGCGAAUCGAGCAGUAGGGGCGGCAUGAAUAAGCGUAUGAGCAGAGAUCGUCCGGGGAAGCGUUCGCGUAGUCGGUCUCGCAGUGCCUCUAGUUCCGGAUCAUCUAGAUCUCGAUCGCCGAGACGCAGUCGCUCUCGUUCAUAUUCGAAUCGACGAUCUGGAAGUUAUGAAAGGAAGUACAGCAGAUCUCCUACGUACAGCCGAUCGCGAUCACGAUCUAGAUCCAGAUCGUCGUACACUAGAAGUCGUAGUCGCAGUAGAUCGAACGAUCGAGGUUAUUAUCGCAAGAGACAGUUCCGGCCAUACAACAAUCGUGGCACGUACUACAAGCCACGCUUUCAAAACUUUAACAAUCCAAAUCAUCGUGGAGGUAACAAUUUCCAGAAUCGAAAUCGCUUCUACAACAAUCAGCACAAUAAUCGUUUUGGCAAUCGUCGCGGUGGUUUCAACAAUCGCGGUGGUCGUGGCGGUCGCGGUAAUCGUGGCGGCAGAUUCUUUCAUAACAAACAAGGCUUCCGUGAUUUUCGUGACAGGCGGGACUUCAGGGACCGUCGUGCCUCGUCGCGCGAUCGAUACAGUGAUCGCAGCUAUUCACCCGAUCCGAUGAGAAAGGUUGACGAAGCGAAGGAAAAAAUAAACAAGAUGCUCGAAGGAGGUGAUGACGGUGAACAUCAGCAAGGUAACAGCGGUGGCUCCUCGACCGUGCCACCUAACAAGAGACAAGCUGGACCCUUGAGCGAAGGAGAAGAGAGGGACGAUGACGACUAUGAGAGGUGGGGAGAGGGAGAGGGGGGCGAUGCAGCCAGUACCAAGAAUGAACCUGUUGACGAUAACCUGGACGGCAAGGAGUACUUCAUUGAGCGCAUGAAACAGCGAAGCAAGAACGUUUUAAUGCAGAGAGCCAUUGCAGCUAAGAUUUGGUAGUAACGUUAUCUCCACCGUCGCUGUCUCUCUCUGUGAUAUAUUCGCUCUCCUUUCAUCGUCCGCACUCUGGAUAUUCGACCGAAUGACGCACAUCGAGACACUUGUGGCUUUAAUUUGCUGAUUCCUUCUAUUAUAUUACAAAUCGUAGCUAUAAUAAUCAAAAUUCUAUUUUUUAAAUGUUUUAAUUUUAUUUUGAUGAUUUAAAGUUUGUUUAAUUUAAAUGUGAAUCAAAUUAAUUUAAAU